AGCUGAUAAUUUUUAAACUAACACAAUUUGUACGUUAAAUAAGGAUAUUUAAUAAAAAGAUUUGAUCAAAAGCUUUUUUAGUUAUGCUAAAGCCAAUCUUUGUUAGUGAACACUAAGUUUCACUUAUUUUCUCAAAUUAUUGUUCCAUGUGUCGUAAAUCCUGAGGUACAAUAUGAAUUGAAAGAAAGAUGCAGCACCACUUCUGUUUCUAUAAGAAAACUUUUACCACUGACAUAAUUCAAAGAACCUAACUUUUUAUGUGUACCAGACGAUUAUUGUACUGCUCGGAAUCAAAAAUCAAAGUUUAGUGAUUAAAAAUAGUCUCUACAAUUGUCAUACUCAUUGAAUUAUGUGUUUCUAACUUAUCUUAAUAGGCCAAUUCAUUUAUGAGAAAAUAAUGAUAAGUUAUAAUUGGAUUAUAUCGUUGCGACGAAUUGCCCUGCAACGAAUUGUCCGGUCACCAGUUUUAGAAGAGUUUGAAAAAAAUAGUUUGAAAUAUAGUCAUCUGAAAGAGUAGAAAAUUCUGAGCAAAAUGUGGGGUCGCCCAGUACUUCAUGAUGCUUUCUUACAAAGUUACAACCAUUUAAAGAACUCAAAAAAUUGCAUAAUUUACCAAAAAGCCGCUAAAAAUAGGCUAAAAGCAUAUUUUUUAAGUUCUUCAAAUGCUUGUAACUUUGUAAGAACACAUCAUGAAGUACUGGGCGACCCCACAUUUUGCUCAGAAUUUUUUACUCUUUCAGAUGACUAUAUUUCAAACCAUUUUUUUCAAACUCUUCUAAAACUUGGAAUUCCAGUGGAAUGGUUUUCUGGCGAAUUCUCUACACUAAGUUUCUUUGAAACUUUUUGGCUCAUAUUAUAUUCAAUAGAGUAUUUCAAGAGCUAUUCGAAUCAUUAUUUGAAGUUGAUCUUGCUAUCUAUUUUCGUCGAAAAAUUUCCAAAAUAAAAGGGUACCUAUAAUUUUGGGACACCCUGUAUAUGACUUAUCUAGUGAUAAUUGAUAUAGACAUAGAUCAGGUACUGAAUACUGGUCGUCAAUAAUAUAGAAGAAUUGCCUACUGAUGGUCUAUAUAGAUAUAGCUCGUCUACCCAAUACUGGUCCUCAAUAAUAUAAAUGACUUGUCUAGUGAUAAUCAAUAUAAAUACAGAUCACCUACUCAAUGGUGGUCCUCAAUAUUAUAUAUGACUUGUCUAGUGAUUAGGGGUAGACCAGCUCAAGCUCACGAACCGAUUCAUAUGAGCGGAAGAGCUGUUCGAACAGCUCAUUUCAAGUGAGCUGAAUCGUUCGAGCACCUCAAUUGAGCGAACUGAGCUUUCAGAACAGUUCAAUUCAAAUGAACAGAACUUCAGGAAUAAAUAUAUACCGUCCUAUAGUGGUACCCUUAGGACCUGAAGUUCUACUAUUGGCGGCACUCUAAGGUCCUCAAGUCCUACUAUUAGUGGUACUCUUGGGUCCUCAAGCCCUACUAUUGGGAGGCACUCCAAGGUCCUGAAUAGGGGUGCCGGCUUAGCAUUAGCAUUGCAUUAAUUAAUGCUAAUUUUAAUACUUUUGUAUUAGAAUUAAAAAAUUAAUUUAAUGCUCUGGUAUUAGGGUUAAAAAAAUAAUUUAAUACUUUGGCAUUAGCAUUAAAUUAAAAUUAGUAUUAAAUUAGUAUUACUUAAUGCUGAUACAUAAGAAAAAAGUAUUAACUAAUGCUAAUUUAAUACUAAUUUUAAUUCAAUGCUAAUGCCAAAGUAUUAAAUUAUUUUUUCAACACUAAUACCAGAGCAUUAAGUUAAUUUUUUAAUUUUAAUACAAAGUGUUAGCAUUUUCCUAAUACUAAUACUAAGCCGGCACCCCUAGUCCUGAAGUCCUACUAUUGGGGGUUCUAGGGGUGGUGCAUUAGAAUUAGAAUUGGCAUUUAUUAAUACUAAUGCUAAUGCCUUAGGCAUUAGUAUUAAAAUUAAUCCUAAUGCUUUAGCAUUAUUGGCAUUAGAAUUAAUUAAUGCUUAG